AUGUCUACCCCGAGAAAUUCUAACCACCGUGCAUGGUGGAAAGAGAGCUCUGUUUACCAAAUAUGGCCGGCGUCCUUCAAGGACUCGAAUAACGAUGGCAUUGGUGAUAUCCCUGGUAUCAUAUCUGAGCUGGACUACAUCAAGAACCUAGCCGUUGAUAUUGUCUGGCUGUGCCCGUCCUACGAGUCCCCACAGGUGGACAUGGGCUAUGAUAUCGCCGAUUACUAUAGCAUCGCCGAUGAGUACGGUACGGUUGAAGAUGUCGAGAAGCUGAUAGCCGGAUGCCACCAGCGCGGUAUGAAGCUUCUCAUGGAUCUGGUCGUGAAUCAUACCAGCGAUCAGCAUGAAUGGUUCAAGCAGUCGCGCAGCUCCAAAGACAACAAAUACCGGGAUUGGUAUGUCUGGAAGCCGGCCAAGUAUGACGAGCAGGGCAACCGCCAGCCUCCGAACAAUUGGGUAUCUCAUUUCCAGGGGAGCGCUUGGCAAUGGGACGAGCAUACUCAAGAGUACUAUUUGCAUCUAUACGCCGUUGAGCAGCCAGACCUUAAUUGGGAGCACCCACCCGUCCGCGAGGCCGUGCACGAUAUCGUGCGGUUCUGGCUCAACAAGGGCUGUGACGGUUUCCGCAUGGACGUGAUCAACUUCAUUAGCAAGGAUCAGCGCUUCCCAGAUGGGCCCAUCCAAGAUCCCCGUACUCCCUGGCAAUGGGGAGACAAGUGGUACGCUAACGGACCGCGCUUGCAUGAGUACCUCCAGGGUAUAGGCCAGAUUCUGAAGGAAUACGAUACCUUCAGUGUCGGUGAGAUGCCUUUUGUCAAGGACGAGAAGGAGGUGCUUCGUGCGGUGCAAUUUGAUCGCAACGAGAUCAACAUGAUCUUCAAUUUUGAGCACGUUGACAUUGACCAUGGCAAACAUGACAAAUUUGAACCUGGUAGCUGGCAGCUCACCGAUCUCAAAGAUUUCUUUGAGCGUUGGCAGACUUUCAUGUAUGACAAUGAUGGUUGGAAUGCGCUCUACUGGGAGAACCAUGACCAACCGCGCUCUAUUGAUCGCUACACAAAUGCCAGUGAGGAACACCGGCUAGUUGCGUCCAAGAUGCUGGCCACCGCCCUGACCUUGAUGGCCGGCACCCCCUUCGUUUACCAAGGACAGGAGCUGGGAACCAGAAACGUGCCAAAGGAAUGGGGCAUUGAGGAAUACAAGGAUAUUGACUGUUUGAAUCAUUGGAAGAGAUUGCAGAAGCAUGACAGAAAUUCCCAAGUAAUCGCCCUCGGGGAAUACCAGAAGAAAUCCCGCGACAACGGACGCACUCCAGUCCAGUGGUCUGCUGCCGAAAAUGCGGGUUUCACUGGACCCGGUGUGAAGCCCUGGAUGUCUGUGAACACAGAUUACGUGCAGGUCAAUGCCGAAGCCGCGGUCAAAGAUCCCAACUCAACGUACCAUUACUGGGCAACUGUGUUGAAACUGCGCAAGAAGUACCUUGACAUCUUUGUCUACGGUAACUUUACACUCCUGGACAAACAAAGCCAGGAAGACUUCGCAUACACCCGCCAAUAUGGCGAUCAAAAGGCCUUGGUACUGUGUCACUGGACUGACAAGACCCUUGAAUGGGAUGCAACGAGCAACGGUAUUACGGGCGUGAAGGAAGUACUGCUGAACACCUAUGAGGGUGUUGAGGAAGCCUCCCAAAGGUUCUCUGGGGAUAAAUGGACCCUCAGACCCUUUGAGGCUGUCGUGCUACUUGUGUGA